UUCAUCAAGAAUAUCGAAAAAAAUGUCCCGAUAAAAGUAAAAGUGGAUGCAUCAAUACGAAAAACGGCGCAACAUGUUUGUGUUUGAAAAAUGACAUGGUCAUAUGGGAUGACAAAAAGGAAAGAUGUAUUGAACCAAAAGUUAAUUUUGCUAUAAAGAAAUAUAACAAAAUGCCAUUCGUGUACAGUAAAAAUGAAACAAGCCAUACGAAUCAAUUAGUGAUGUCAAUCGAUUUGGAAACUAAACAUUUAUAUAGUCAAUACGAUCUUUGUCAAACGAUUAAUUAUAAAAUUAUUGGAGAAAGAAACCGAAUGGUUAGACUGAAUGCAUACAUCGAAUAUUCGGAAUCAAUGAUUCCAUUUUAUGGCGUCAACAAUAUCCUGAACGCAGAGAAUUCAACAAUACAGUACUGUUUGGUUGACAAUUUAUUCGCUUUCUCUACUAUCUGGGAACAAAUCUUCAAUAAUUGGACUUCAUUCACCAUUCACUACUAUUUGGAAAGCUACACAAAUGUCACAAUUGAAUUUGAAUCUAUUCAUUUUGAAUUGAAAUCUCUCAUUCAAGAAAUGAACCAAAAUUAUUCAAAUGUUAAUAAUGACGCGAUUGAGAUUGAAACAAUCAUAGAUAAAACCGGUCUUUUUCGAUACGAAACUGAAUGGAACAAUUAUGCCCCCAAGUUGAAUUCGAUUAGAUUCGAAUACGAAACUUCACCUUGGUUGGCAGGACAAAAUCCCAAACGUAUCGACGGAUUAAUAUAUUAUUUCAAGAUGAAUAAAUCUAAUAUUGAGUUUGGUAACUUGACGCUCAACGGAAAAUCUUCCAACAUAGAUGAUCACUAUUAUCUAACAUUCGAUAGAUUAACGGCACUAUCCACGAAUGAGCAACAAAUAUUUCUAUUCAAGAUAGCCAUAGAAAUAGAAUUUGAGAAUUCAAAGAUUGAAUUAAAAGAAUUUAAAUUGAAUCCAUUGAAAUGUCAUGAAUUCGAUUGCAAUGGUCAUGGCGAAUGUUAUGCCGACUAUCAAUUAGGCAUAGCUGCCCGAUGUCGUUGCCAUCGAGAUUAUUUUGGUGAACAUUGUCAAUAUCAUAAUCCAUGUAUAGAGCGGCAGUCAUUUUGUCAGAACAUUUUGGACGAUACAUUUGAAAAAAACCAGUGUAUUCCUUUAAAUUCAUCUCAUUUUGAAUGUUCAUGUUCAUGGCCAAACUUAAUGGAAUGGUCGAAACAACAAAGCUGUCAACCGAAAUGGACCUAUUCCUCACAGAAACUUAUUUUUGAUACUGAUUCAAAACACAAAUUUUUAUCCGAUGUUACAUCAAUAGCUACAACAAUCGAGCAAUAUCGUUUCAAUUUCAAAUCGAUCGGAAAUUUCAUGGACGAUUAUGUAUCAUUACGAAAAUCAAUCAAUGAUUCGGAUAAAAUCUACUUCACAAUGAUGUCUGGCUAUUCUUUUAUAAACUUUACUUUCCGAACGGUUUUAGAAAAUCAAGGCAUUUGCUUUAAUAUGCAAUAUUUGUCAAAGUCAAGUAUGAAUCGAUUUGGUCUAAAAUUGUCAUCCAACGAUGACUAUUUAUGGACAAACCAACCCAAUUGGAUAUCCGAAAAAACGCAUAUCUGUUCUUAUGAAUGGACCUCACAAAAUUCUGAUCACGUUGAAGCUUUUUUCUCAGCUCAUUUAGGUGAUACCACCAACAAAACAAAUGCAUCAAUUGUCGCAUUAAUUUUAAAUGAUGAUUCAAUAAGUGUUGUUGAUCUGACCAAACCGAAUGAUUAUUAUUUACCUAGUUGGGGUGAAAAAAAUCACAUAAUACGAUGCAACGAUUAUGGCCAUUGCGUUUUCCUAAUAAUGUUUGGACCAGAUUUAAACAUAAUUGAGUACAUAGGAAACAAUCAAAAUUUUUUACAAAAUUCCAUUCCCAGAACAUCGUAUCUACUUAGUGAAUGGAUUACUUAUUCACGCAAAAACCAUACGAACAUCCGAAAUAAAUUCAAUUUCAAAGUGAUCAAUCCAUCACCACAAUUGGUUAGUUGGCAACCUAUUGUUCUGAAUGAUCGAAUGCAAGAUAUUACAACUCAAAUAUCCAUCAAGAUCUCAAAUUCAUCACUAGAGUUCGAACUAGGUUCAUACUAUGACAUGAAAUAUAUACGAAUUGGAAUUCGUAUCAUCGAUAAUAGUAUGAAGAAUGCUGAUAAAUUGUUUAUAAAGCAUUUAGAUAUGGAUGACUAUUGCCAUGACAAUCAUUGUGAACAUUCGGCAAAUUGUUUGGUUGAUUUUUCUGCCAACAAUAGUAAUCAUUAUUAUUGUCAAUGUCCUGAUGGAUUUAUUGGACCAUAUUGUCAUGAUGUGAAUUAUUGUCGCAAAUCUAAUAAUGAAAUUUGCCAAAAGUUACAUUUGAAAUGUCAGAAUUAUGAACACCGUUUCCGCUGUGAUUGCGAACAUGAGGCUGACAGUAAAUAUUGGAACAAUGCAUCGUUAAGAUGUGCUGAUGUUCCCAAACCCUUUCUCGAAAAAUGUCCAGAAAAUCGAGUAUGGCGAAAAGAAUCCGAUGAGCGAUAUAAAUGUGUAUGUGAUACUAAUUUUGGUUAUAUUGAAGAUGCAACUUCAAAUUGUAUAAAACGAGACGCUUGCCAUGAAAAACCUUGCGGUUUGAAUGGAACUUGUUUUGUUUCAUUCAAAGGUGACGCGAAUUAUAUUUGCCUUUGUAAUCAAGGAUUCCGAGCAAUUUCAAGUAAUGACAAUCAAUGUGAACCAAUUCCCGAAGAAAAUUUUGAAUGUCCAGGCUUCCGCGAACCGAUCGAGAUUAAUUCGACAAAACGUUGCGAUUGUUCGGUCCCGUUGGAUGAUGGCAAUUUAGUUUUCCAACAAUCGUCUGAUGGGAAAAAUUGUCAACUGAAAUCUAUUUGCGGUCCUGGUGGAUAUGGGCUUGAUGAAUGUCAGCAACAGAAUGCAUUAUGCUUGAUCCAAUUGACUGACCAUGAAAAUAAUGUACAGUAUCACCGGUGUACAUGUCCACCUGGCCAACGUUUGAUCCAUAAAUCUGAAAACGGUAAAAAUGAAUCUAUCAUUCGUUGUAUGGAUCAAUGUCAAGAUCAAGCCAUAAUUAAUUUGUGUGCCGCACAUAAUGCCCAAUGUGAUCCAUUAGGUGAUCAUAGUUCUGUUCCAAAGAAUGACGAUUGGUUACAUUUUUGUCGCUGUCCUCAUGGAACAAUUAUUUCCAACAAUAAACAAAACUGUACUUAUUCUGCACAUGUUUAUUCUAUGAAUCUAAUGUUCAUGUGGCAAACAUUGAAAGCAUCGAUUCUUUGGACUAACAAUAUUGCCAAUCAAUGGCUCAAACAACAAUAUCAAAAUGAGAAUCCAUUGGAAAAGUUCAAACAACAUCUACGACCAAAGCUUGGUGAUUUCAAUAUUCAACAAUUAUUUCAAGAUUUUCAACAAGCCAAUAAUGAUUAUAAUUUUGGGUUAAUUCGUCAACAAUUUGAGAUCAUUUUGCCCAUAUUAAUGGAACGUUCAAUAGAAAGCUAUAUGAGAAGUUAUCUAACUGUCAAACAAUCCAAAUACCCUAACUUGAAUUUGGUUAUUGAAAAAUGUACAAAUAUAUCUAUCGACAAACAGCAUUCCUAUUUGAAUUGUUCGGUAGCUUUGACGUUACAUGAUAAUGUAUCGCAACAACAAGAAGUGAACAAGAUCAUAACAGAUCAACUUCAUAACGAUUGCAAUCCUUUCCGCGACGGAAAUGUCAACCAGUGUUUUAUUGAUUCAUCUUACGGUGGCGAACCAAUCAUUCUGAAAUCGAUCGAAAAUUUAAAUGUUCAAUGGCAAAAUCCAUGUGAUAUUAAUUUGAACAAAUGUGCACCAUAUUCUGGAACUGCUUGUCAUUUCUCAGCCAAUGAAACACAAAAAUCAAUAGAAUGUGAAUGUAUACAUUUUAAAAAAUAUAACCAACUAGUGAAUGCUACUGGUCAUUCAUUCGAGCAGAAUGGAUUGCUCAUUUACGAAUGUCAAUUGAGUAGCGAUGUGUGUUCAAAAACCUGUCCACAAGAGAAUAAUUUCUCUGGUCAUUGUAAUAGUAACUGGAACGUAACGAAUUAUGAGAAAAAAUUACGAAUCGAAUGUCAAUGUGAGGAAAACACUAUUUACGAACAUCACGAACAAAUAUUGGACAUUGAUAUUAGCCGAGAAUUUCAAUUGAUUCGCACAAAUAGAUGUCUGAAUAAAAAGGAAGAUAUGGAAAACAAACAUAUAGAGCUGAUUGUCGUUAUUGUUGUCGCUUCCGUUGUCGCCAUGGUUGCUAUCAUUAGUCUUUUUCUAUGGUGUCGAUCGACAUUUGUCAUUAGAUCGCCAAAUUUUUCCGAUAUGAAAUAUUCAUUCGAUACUAAUCCAAACAAUGGAUCUUAUACGCUGAACAGAUCAAAUGGUUUGUCUACGACCAACCGAACGACAUCCACUAACAAUCGCAGUCAUCAUGAAUCGAUAGAAAUGCCCAUUAUAAAAACCAAUCAAACAACAAAUCUGAAUCAAACCAAAUCUGGACCAUCCAGUUUAAGUGUGAUUGCCGAACAAUUAACAUCAUCAUCUUCAUCGUCAGAAGAGGAUAAUGUUAAUACUAAUGUAGUGCAAAAAUCGAAGCAAAUGCAUCAUUCAUUUACGUAUCUCAAGAAUACUAACCACAAUCAACAUGAACAAGUCAUUAAUCAUUCGAAAAAUCGAUUGAUAUUGACGAGUCAUAAUUUACAAAGAAAAAAAUUUUAAUUAAUUCUCUCUCAUUGUAUUUCAUUCAUCUGUUAUGUUAAAGAUUAUUAAAGCAAUAAAAUCUGGAUUGACUAUAA